AUGUCUGUUCCAAGCCAAAGCCAUUCUAUUAUUGUUAACCCUCCUCCACCAGAAUAUAUAAAUAAGAAAAACAGUGGCUGUCAAACAAACCAACUUCAGUACUUAGAAAGGGUGGUCAUGAAAGCCAUAUGGAGACACAAUUUUGCCUGGCCGUUUCACCAGCCUGUAGAUGCAGCAGCACUGAAUCUUCCUGAUUAUUACAACAUUAUAAAGGAACCUAUGGACUUGAGCACCAUUAAAAAGCGUCUGGAACACAAUUACUACACAAAAGCUGCAGAAUGUGUUGAAGACUUUAAAACUAUGUUCUUGAACUGCUACAUAUACAACAAGCCAGGUGAUGACAUUGUGUUUAUGGCCCAAGAACUGGAAAAAGUGUUCAUGCAGAAAAUAGCCAAAAUGCCACCAGAAGAAAGGCUCGUGAUCCUCAAAAAAGCACAGAUAAAAGUGAAGAAGCCAGAAGAAAAAAAGCAGCCCAACCCUGGCACUUCAAAUGAGCGAAGCACAAUGCAGAAACAAGCUGAAAGCAGUGAGCAGCCUCCAGUGAGGACUCAAGAGCUACAGCAGGUUACACUAGCUCCUUUGUCUGCAGCUCAGCUGACUGCUUUAACGCCAGCUGCAGUCACUAUAACAAAAGCAAAAAAUGGUGUGAGAAGGAAGGCUGACACUACAACUCCUAGUACUUCAACAUUUGCAGCAAGUGGUGAAUCUUCUGCAAAAUUUAAUGAAAGAAAAGCUGUUAAAGCAUGCAGCAGUGAAAAUGAAAGUAUGAUACCAAAUAAGCUUCUGAAGAGAUGCUUUCCAGAUUCCCAACAGUCACCUGAAAUUUCUAAAACGGUUCAGUUGUCACAACAACUAAAACGUUGUAAUGAAAUACUGAAAGAAAUGUUUUCUAAGAAACAUGCAGCAUAUGCAUGGCCUUUCCUAAAACCAGUAGCUGAUGCAUCUUUCUCACUUGGUGAGAACAAAAGGAUCAUCAAGUGUCCUACAGACCUUGGAACCAUUAAAAAGAAAAUGGAUAAUGGUGAAUACAGAAAUAUACAAGAAUUUGCAAUGGAUGUUAGAUUGAUGUUCAUGAAUUACUACCAACAAAAUUCUCCAGACCAUGAAAUAGUUGCUAUGGCAAGCAAACUUCAGGGCGUUUUUGAGGUGUACUUUGCCAAAAUUCUUCAGGAACCUCUUGCAAGUGUUCCUCUGCUACAGCCUAAAAAAGAAACGACAGAGGCUUAUUCCAGUGAAAGCAGUAGUGAUGACUCUUCAGAAGAAAAAUCAUCUGAAGACUCUGAACAGGAAAAAAUGGUGCACCUUGCAAAGCUUCAGAAGCAACUUAAAGCUCUUCACCAGCAGUUCCAGGCUUUGACCAGAGCAUAUUUACCUGCACUGAAAAAGAAGAAAGGGAAGGCUGAAAGGGAGAAAUGUAAGAACAUGGAAAAAGCAAAAAUAAAAAGCCUGAUUGAAAAGAAGAAAAAUGUGAAACACAAGAAGAAAUCUAAGAAAAAGCUGUCUCUAAACAUUCAAUCAAAGGAAACCAUGCAGCAGGUCUUGUUGGCACAUAUGUCAGAAGAUGAAGAUGGUGCCAAGCCUAUGAAUUAUGAUGAAAAACGACAGUUGAGUUUGGACAUUAAUAAACUCCCUGGAGAUAAGCUUGCGAAAGUAGUCCAUAUAAUACAGUCAAGAGAACCUUCACUGAGGAACUCUGAUGUUGACGAGUUAGAAAUAGACAUUGAAACUUUAAAGGUUUCAACACUCAGAGAACUAAAGAAAUAUGUGGCAAUGUGUUUGCAGAAGAGACCAGGAAAGCAGCAGACUAAAAAACCAAAAGAACUACUUCAUUUGGAGAGGAAACAAGAGGUAGAGAAGAGACUACUGGAUGUCAAUGGUCAACUAAAUGCAAAGAAGGAGAAAAUCAAGUCUGAAAAUGAUGCUGAGUCCAGUUUUAGACCAAGCAGACUGAGUGACAGCACCAGCUCCUCAGACUCUGGCAGCAGCACUAGAAGUGGUUCUAGUUCCUCAGAUAGCAGUGACUCUGAAUCAGGUAUAAUCCCAGCUGUUUCUGCUCUGCAUGAUAUUCCAGACCAGCAAACUCCUCAGAGUACUCCAAGGACAAAUCAGUCUUCUGUCACCCAGUGCACACAUACUCUUCCAGAGGUAUCCAACACAACUUCUCAGGUUGACAGUGCUGAUUGGAAUGCACAAGCUGAGAAAACAAUGUAUCUGGACAAAUCGAAAGAACUUCAAAACCAAGCCAGUGAGAGAACUGCUGAUUCAAUAUCCAUAAGUCAAGAGCAAAGUCAUUGUACACCUACAGAUAAUCCUCGUGGUCAAGACAUGCUAGAGCCAAAAUGCAAGAUUCUUCCAAAAAAG